AAUGGCUGAGAUAGGUCAGCGGCUGGGCACCGGUGCUUACCGGCUGUCCGCCCUCAGAAACAGCCAGGGUCGACCGGUGUGCACCGGAGAAAGUCCCGGAUCUCUGCUGGUUAAAUGCACUUUCAGUAACAGUCGGUUAAAAGACGAAUCGACCCCCGAUCAAUGUGAAGUUCAGCCAAGAAGCAGAGCAACACCACGCAAAGCAGAGAAACUCUCCAGACUGAGAAGAAGUGAAAGUCAACGGGAAAAUGGGACUUUGCUUUGUGCCUCUUCUUUGGAGCUGGAUUCCUCCUGUUUUAUCAGAGAGCGCCUGGCAGCUCACACUACAGCCCUUUACCUCUCAGCAAGACUGCAGCCUCUCCUCCAGGAGAAGCUGCUGCCUGGCCGGAUGACACCCUGGACCAGAGGAGCUGUUUACAUCCACCCUGACACCUUCAGGUCUCCUCAGCAGCUGCGAGCUUUCUGCACCGUCAUCUUCAUUCUGGCAAAGCAGGGGUCAGAGAGACUGAGGCGUCUGAAACCACAUCCUGACACCCUGCAAGCCUCCAGUAGAUGCUACAGCUGGAGGAGUGACAGCAGCUCGAAACAUGCUCCUCUGCUGAACAGAAGCAGGACGUCCUAUUACGACACCCUCAAAGUGUCCCCCGGUGCCACACAGUCCCAGAUCAAGACGGCCUACUACAAGCAGUCCUUUGUCUACCACCCUGACAAGAACCCGGGUAGCGAGGAUGCCGCCGAGCGCUUCUCUGAGAUCAGCGAGGCCUACGCGGUGCUGGGCAACAUCGGCCUGAGGAGGAAGUAUGACCGAGGUAUUCUGAGCAGGUCAGACCUUCAAGGUGGAGGGAGACCGACCUCCAAAGAGACCAUGAGCAGGUCCACAGGCUCCCCACAGCAGCAGCAUCAGUUCAGAGCCAGGCGGUUCUCCCAAGCCGGGGGGAAGACCAUGUUUGAUUUUGACGCCUUCUUUCAGGCUCACUACGGCGAUCAGCUGCAGAGGGAAAGAUACAUGAAAGCCAGGAAGCAGCACAUGGAGGAGCAACAGGAGGCUCUAAAGAAGUGGAGGCAGGGGAAGAUGGUGGAGUUGACUGUGGCGAUGCUGCUGACCGUGGCAGGCUUACUUUUUGUCAAUAUCUGCCAGUCCUGAAAUAGAAGCAGCGACCUGGUGUGCAGCAAACUAUGGGGUUGCAUGUCACAACGCUCAGGGGGUGGAGGUGGAGAUGGAGGGGGGGUGCUACCUCUGACUGUUUUGCAAGUAUUGCACAGUUUCGGACAAUUGAAGAUGCUUUAUUUUUUAGUGAGUUACAGGAGUAAAUAAACACAGGAUAACGGUGACUCAUCUUUUAAAAAUGUUAUGAAUAAACUGUGUCUUCUCACAAGCUGAUUUUAUCAAGACAGCAACUGAAAAUAUUUGUUUUCUUUAUGAAUAGGAUCUGAAAAGCAUAAAAAAACAUCUCACACAUACACUUACCUAGAAAGUGGUACUUGACCAAAAGCAGUAAUCUGAAAACGUCAUAGCCGGAUGUAGAAUUAUUUAUUCCUGCAACGGUUUGAGCAUGUAGCUCCUUCGAGAAUCCCAAAAGCACCCCAUGUCUGGGUGAUAGCAUUUAUAUCAUUUAAUUUAUUAUCACGUUUGUUUCAUAGUGGCAUAAUUACAAUCUUGUAAAAUUGCAUACUUGCCCAGAUGUUUAACAAACCAGAUGUAAACAUAUUUGCAGGUUCAGUUCUAUUUUCUAUCAACAACAAUUGCUCAACCAGUCGUGAAGUUAUGUGUAAACACUUAUACAUUCACUCUCUAUUAGUAGUGACAAGUCUGAAGCCAAACAACGAACUUAGCUCUGUUCAUCUAAAUACUGCACAAGGAUGGAAUAACUAAAUGUGCCAUGCUGAAAAAUGCACAAUUCCUCUGGAUUCACUAUACACAGGAACUGUUAUGUAGAAAAGUACUUUAAAGUGUGCAAUUACAAGAUUAUUAGGAAAGUAAUACACGUUUCUCUGCAUUCUACCAGGUGUUAGUGUUUAUAUUUGUAUGUACUGAACAUACACGAUGCAAAAUGUUGAGUUUUGUGUGAGGGAAACUGUAAGCAAACAUCAUAAAACUAUGAUUCAUUUGUUUUAAUUUAUUAAUAAUCAUAGUAAAUGCUUUUAUUUUUUGCAAUGUUAUAAGAUGUGACCUCUAGAGGGCAUCUGAGCACCUAUAGAUUAAAAUGAUCUCUGGGUUACAGCUGGAGGCCUGAGGGGCUCAGUGAGUUCAAACUGUGUGGAAUGAUAUUAAUAAAUGUUGUGUAGGUCUCAGCCUGAAAAGAGCUGCUGCUGCUGCU